UUCAAAAUAUAGGCGAGUUACAAUCGGUGCUAAUCGUUAAGCGUUGUCAUUGUAGGCCAACUGAGUAUAUAUUUUUUUACGUCUCAGUCGUGAUGACUAUCCUGUAGGUGGCGGACAAUCCCCGUGAAACUUCGACAAUAGAAGAGGGCGGAUUUAAUUCCUCUUUAUCCCCUGGCUGACCGUUAGGAGGUGAAAUCUGCGUCUCGCGGGGCCCCGUUUCGGCUCGUUCGGCAACCUGAUCACCAACGCCCAAAAAGCUGAGUGUAGGAAAUGAACAGAGCCGUGAGAAGAUCCGCUUUUUCUGCUCGCUGAGAAAAGAGCUAGCACCCUGUUCCGCGCCGCCUCAUAGCGCAUCUCCCCCGCCCCGCACUGCACAACUCGCUCACCUCCUAACUGGAUUUGGGACCGUCCGUUCUCAUACCUUGGACGGUUGGUUAUUUCACCUCGCCCAUUUACUCAUAGUCUUCUUUCUACGUUCACCUCUCCAUUGAAACCUCUACGGGAAAAUGGCAACUGAAAUCGACAAGGAAGCGUGCAGGGAAGCGUACAACCUCGUCAGAGACGACAAUACAGAUAUAAGCUGGGUUUCCUUUAAGUAUGACGGAUCCAAGAUUGUACCUGGGGGACAGGGGACCGAGUAUGAGGAGUUUAAGCAACAGUGCACAGAUGACGCGCGUCUCUUCGGGUUCGUGCGGAUCACGACGGGCGACGCCAUGAGCAAGCGGGCCAAGUUCACGCUCAUCACCUGGAUCGGGGAGAACGUGAGCGGGCUGCAGCGCGCCAAGAUCAGCACCGACAAGACCCUGGUGAAGGACAUCGUACAGAACUUUGCGAAGGAGUUCAUGGUCAGCGACCUGCGUGAGCUGGAUGAGGACUACAUCCGCGAUGAGCUGAAGAAGGCGGGCGGGGCCAACUAUGACGCCCAGGCGGAGUGAGGGGGCGGGGCAUCAGUCUGUCCACUGUCUAGAUAUGGGGGAGACAGGCCCACAAGACACAUUGGUACUUGCUCACACACACGCACACACACACACGCAAAGAUGCAUACACACACACACACACACACAAAUGCAUGGAUAGACAGAUACGCUUAUGUUCCCCUGUAUCAAACAUACUCUCGGACAAACACGCGCAUACACACACACGCACACCUAUACACACACACACACACAAGGCACAAACAGACACACAUACUCACACAGACACACACACUCACUCACAUGCACAUGCACAUGCACAGACACGCACACACACACACACACACACACACACACACACUCACUCACACACACCUCCCCUGCCCCACUAAUAGCUGCUGUAAUUCACCUCACACUCCUCUUGGCUGCAGUGACAUGCCUCGCUCCCCCCCCCUCCCCAACCUCGCAUCACGUUGUUGUCAUCAGGGGCGGGGUUUUCGCGAUAUGACCGUUGCAAGACCGCUUGUGUGUCCGUCCCAUGUGUGGUCGUGUUGUGGUUGUCGCGCAGAUAUGACAUCACCGGGCCAGUCCCACCCGUGCUGCUCCAUACAGCGGUUUCCUCAGUGUUAACUGCCCUUUUCUGUCUGUCAGCUGUUCUGUGAUUGGCUAUCCUCACCAUAGGGGGGCAGGGGUUCAGAAUUGAACCAAGUCUACAGCCUUCAAAUCCAUCUCACCCUCUCAAACAGGAAUCAGCGGGUGGGGGCCAUUACCGUGUCUGACUUAACUCCUUCAUUUGGACAGACCCCCCCUAAAAGGAAUGUUUUUUUUUAAACAUUAUUCUUUCCCUCUGAGAGUUUAACCUAGAUUUAUUUUUAUUGGAAAAAGGAAAUCUAGGAACUAGGAAGAGAGUACUGUAACCACCUUUUAUUACUGAUUGCUCAUUUCAGAAUAAAACAUUUUUUUUUUCAA